AUGACUCUCCUAUCUAGGGUGCUCAAUCACAAUUCAGAGAAGGCUAGGCCACAGCUUUCGCCUAGAGUGCUGGCUUCUAACCUUAAAAAACCUCGUGUCAAGCUUUCCAUAGCGUUGGAGUCUCCUCCGGUUAUCUUGUAUGGCCAGCCACACGAGUCUACAGGAUCCAUCAUCUCGGGAGUGUUGAACCUUGAUGUUCUUUCCAACAUAAAAUCUAAGCAUGACGACAGUCCACGAAGAACGCCUGACUUGACGCCUGUAUCUUCCAUGGGAAGCAUAGGUCCAGACUCUGACGUUGAGCUCACGUCAGUGACUCUUCUGCUUGUUCAGACAAUUCGGUACACCAAACCAUUCCAGAUCCCAUCGGGCUCAGUUUCGUCUUGUAAGUCAUGUGCUACGAAAAGAAACACCUUGGCUCAGUGGGAUGUGUUGAUUGAACCUGCUACGUUUUGUGUAGGGACCCAUGCCUAUCCCUUUUCACAUCUUCUCCCUGGUCUGCUUGCUGCAUCUACAAAACUAGGCACUUCCCUGUCCCAAUCGUUUAUCAAGUACGACAUUAUAGCAGUGGCUGUUGCUGGAUCAAAAGAAGUUGUUGCCACACUUCCUCUCUGUGUGCUGAGAUCGAUCCUUAGGGGCCAUGACCGGAAUUCGCUUAGAGUGUUUCCUCCUACAGACGUCACUGCCAGUGCUGUCUUGCCUAAUGUUAUCUAUCCCAAGUCAACAUUUCCAAUUGAGCUACGAUUGAACAAUGUCGUUAGCUCUAAGCAAGAUCGUCGGUGGAGAAUGAGGAAGUUAACCUGGAAGUUAGAAGAAUGCACUAAAGUACGAGCUUCAGUGUGUGACAAGCACAAAUUGAAACUCCACCUUACAAAAGAGCUGCAGAAGCGUGCUCAACUAAACAGAAUGAAAAACGGUGCACACGAAAACAAGUCAUCCGGUCUUCACCAUCUGACAGUCCAAACAUCUAUGCGUCUUGAUGCACCUACCAGCCAAGUCUUGACUGCCGCCGAUGCUGCUGCUAUUGCAGAAGCCGCAACUCCUGGUAACCAAGAUGUUGAUGAACAGCCCGUACUCGACGAAGGCGUUCCAAAUAGACCUAUUGACGAGGCACUCAAUUUUGACCUGGACUUCUCACAUCUUAGAGCAUCAACCGAGGCAGAGAGAGCUAGCCCUCUGCCAGCAAGCAACCAAACGGCUAACGGUAAUCUGACACCAAGCAGUGGCUCCAGUCGUCGUGACCAUUUUGCGAAUUCCGAUCGUAUAUUCCCCUUACCGAGCCACCCCUUCACUAAUACCAACAGAACUACGGUUGAUGAUCUUCGCCCGCUGACAAGUAACAGAUCACGCACAGAACAAUCUCAACCACAUGAAGAUCUCUAUCUCGAAGAGCUUCGAGUCGUCUCGCAUGGUGAGAUCAAGUCAGGCUGGAAAUCAGAUUUCCUGGGUGAAGGCCGUAUUGAGUUGGUGGCAGAAAUUUCAGCUAUGGAUUGUUCUACAGGCUUACAGAGACAUGUUAUGCAAGCCUCUUCCACGGAUCCCAAACAGGACGAGACCCAGGAAGGGCUAAGGAAUGGAGCGAACAUCUCAUGCGAUAUAGACGACCCUGCAUUAGGAGUGUUCGUGAACCAUGUGCUUGUCGUGGAAGUCGUUGUGGCAGAAGAGUUAAUUCAUGUUUCAAGACAAAAAGCCCAAGGCGACAGUCUUAUGCCAAUAGACUCCUCAACAUCGAUCAAUUCUAGUACCAACAUCAAGGAAACCCAGGUUGGUGUACCCACUGGCGCUGCUAGAGUUUUACGGAUGCAAUUUAAGAUGAACGUUACCGAAAGAUCAGGACUUGGCAUUGCAUGGGAUGACGAAGUUCCGCCAAUGUAUGAGGAUGUGAGAGCCUUGAGCCCUCCUACGUAUCAGAAGCUGGCCUCUGAUACACCGCUCCUGAGUUACGCCAAUACGCCCGUAAUUGGUGGAUCUCGCCAAAUACCAGCGAUACUUUAUGGCCUUGGAGACACACCCAAUGCUGGGUCUUUUUCUCAAAUCAUGAAUUCGGAGUUGAGCGACUUGGACGAGCAACUAUAUUUGUCAGAUAUGAUGCAGCCUCAAGCUAGCAGACGGCAGCCGCUGUUCCACUUUGAUGAAGACUAUGAUACUCCAAAAAGCACCGGCAAUAAACCGCAUCCCAUCAAUACGUCAUCUGCCCGGCUCAAUGUCCUGCUGCUAUCCAGAACAGCAUCCAACCAGACAGACUUCUCCAACAUCAACAGUGUCUUACAGUUUCCCAUUGAAAACUCGCAUUCAUACUCUUAUGCCCACUUGUCCCCUAACUCGUUGGCAUUACGACUCAAUGUGUUGAAGAGAUCGUUGGAGAUCUUGAAUGAGAGGCCCGACUGGUUCAAGUCUAUGAAGUACGAGUCGCCAAAUAACAGUGAUGAUGAAAGCACCCCUGCUGACAUAGCUCCUUCCUGGAACCUUCCGCAGCCACAGCCAAUAUCAGAGAACGGGCCUCGCCGUGUUUCCGCUCGCCUGGUGAUGUAUCAUGAUGCUUCUCGCAAUACUAGUGGUGAUAGUAUAAACCUUAAUCCUGAUCGCUACAAAAUCCGUUCAAAUGCAUCCUCCGCUGCUUUAUCUGUACUCUUUAGACCUCAGAUGGUCAGAGCAGAUAGUUUGCCGGCUUCUCGCUUCCCUUCGCUGAGCCUGAUUCGAAACGAGUUUAAGACACCCGAUUCUGGUCUUUCUUCGUGGAAAACUGAAGAGGCUAAACUACUUCGGGAGAUCUCAUCUCCUAGCGAUACUAUGUUGAGUGAUGAUUUGAAAGAUAUCAUCCAACUCCUUGAGAAUGAUACUUCGGAACUCGACAAUAGCACAGAAAUAGCAUCUACCCUACACGAUUUGUCAUUAUCAUCUGGUGAACAUGAACACCAGGCAAAGCAAAAUAUUUUAAAGACCAAGCUUCUUUUAGCUUUGGCUACUCCAUUUGUUGAGUCCGCAUCACUGACUUCCUCGCUUCUAGACUCAACCGCUCCACCUUCUGCGGCUUCGAUUAAUACCCCCAUGGUUAGCACUUCUACUGCAUCGCUUAAUUUACUUAAUUCCCUUAAUCUGCCGCAAAACCCAACUCCAGGAAAUCGUCCGUUCCAUGUGCUCUCGCUGGGUAAGCACUCGUCACCCCAAUCCGUCUUUACCGUCGAAGACAUCACUCCAUGGAACUUGAAAGCUGCAAAUGACUUGGCCUGUUUGAUGUUUGGUGUGCUGAAGAAUAUGAUUAAGAAUCUUACAUUGAUGGAUCUUAUCGCUCCUCAAUUCAGACAUUUUGUCACAGAAAGAUUGACCAAGUCCAUGUCUGCUUCAUUAGACAAGAACAAAGCUAAUGAUCUGUGUAUCAUAUUUGCAGGAGAGAUCAUUGCCAUUUCAAGACAGGCCGACCACGCCUUCGCUUGGACAUCCAUGUGGGCGAAGAAAAGAGGUAAUUUGAUUAUUUGCAUGUUUGAACAGAUUCCUUGUGACGCUUUUGAUAUCGUCGUGCUGUGUGAUAUCGAUAACUACCCUUCAGCACAGUAUGGUAUUACAUCAGUACAAGAAAUUGCUGGAAAACUUCUUAAUCCUCACUGGAAGGAUCUGCUGAAGACGCUUGAGCAGUUUUCGAAUUCACUUGACCACGAGCUUGCAGCGCUGGCUUCAAGCCACAAGAAGGAUACUGAUGCCUGUGAUUGCCGCGACAGUGACAAGAUUAACAAGUUACGGUACUUCACCCUUCAGGUACGUGAGGAUAAUAUACCAUGCGCUGUGACAUCUUAUCCACUCGAGAUCAAUGAUGACAAGUACGAGAUCAAGCUCAAAUUCCAUUCCAUGCCUUAUAUUGCUGGUAUGUUUGUUGUCAACUUUUCUGACUUUGAGAUCCUUUCGAGCAAUAAUGCCAUCGCUAAUAACCUUUUCGGAAAGUCUUCAGAGGAAAUACUUCAUCACAGCAUCAACGAAAUCAUACCCGACUUCACAGAGAUUUUCAGCACGGGUAUGGGUGACCAGAGUGAAACAAUCAACGUUGUUCCCGGCUUGGUUUUGCCCGAACAUUUUUUCAGAAAGUAUGAUGCUGUUCUUAAACACAGACAAGCGCAAGAGACGCCCAUGGAGGAGUUGUUCUUCAAGUCCAAGGGAAUUUCUGGUCUCCACAGGGAUGGUAAGAAGCUUUGCAUUGACGUUCAGCUUCGAGUCAUACUGAGCGACAUCUUCGUUCUUUGGGUGACCUACUCUAGACAUUCCAAGAAUAUUGCGAAUGAACUCGACAAACUAACCAGAAGUGCUUCCUCGAGGUCUUUGAGCACAAGUCCAAGACAGAGAAGUAAUUCAGAUGUUCUGGGGAACGAUUUGCCCUCUCAGCUUCGUUUGUUUCCAGAGAAUGAAGAUGAUCUUAUGGAGCUUGGUCAUACUAGCCCGCAUAUCAGCCGUGCUAGCAGUACAAGGAGACCGAAGAAAGCCAACACAUUCUCUAUUCCUGUCACGUACUUGAGUCGUGAUUCUGAUACAAACUCAUUAAAGGUGCCCGAUGGAUCUAAGCCCUCUUCCUCCAAUAGAUCAGUAUCAGCUGGCGGAAGUCAAGGAUCGGAAACUAGUGAUUCUCAACUGAAUAGCAAAGGAUCUGAAUCUGAACCUACAAGUUAUUCUAAUACCUCCUACGAUCCACAUUAUACCCGGUUUACCGAAGAGGAACUACUCCAGCUUGAAAAUGAAGAAUUGAAGCAAAAGAUGAAGCGUUCCAAAGAGUGGCCCACAUCUGUUGGGGCUAAGAGACGGACGAAGAAGUUUGAAGAGUUCAAAGUACUCAAGAAGCUUGGGGAAGGUGCCUAUGGCAAAGUUGUCCUUGCUGAGCACAAGCAAGAUCCUUACUACAGAAUAAUCAUCAAAUGCAUUGACAAGCAAAGGAUCUUGGUUGAUACGUGGGUGAGAGAUCGCCAAUUAGGUACUAUCCCUUCUGAAAUCCAAGUUAUGGCUACCCUUAAUCAUGAACCGCACCCUAACAUUAUGCGGAUCAUAGAUUACUACGAGGAUCCCAAUUACUACUACUUGGAGACGCCAAUCUUUGGAGAUCCCCCUGCCAUCGACUUGUUUGACUACAUUGAGGUGAAGAAAGACAUGACUGAAAUCGAAUGCCAAUAUAUCUUCACGCAAAUCGUCAAUGCCAUCUACCAUUUGCAUAAAAAGGGCAUAGUUCAUAGAGAUAUCAAAGACGAAAACGUCAUUGUCGAUGAGCGUGGGAUUAUCAAAUUGAUCGAUUUUGGAAGUGCUGGAUACGUGAAGCUGGGACCUUUUGAUGUCUUUGUCGGUACCAUUGAUUAUGCCUCUCCUGAGGUAUUGAGAGGUGAAAAGUACGAAGGUAAGCCUCAGGACAUAUGGGCGCUAGGCAUUUUGCUCUACACCAUGAUAUACAAGGAGAACCCAUUUUACAAUGUGGACGAGAUAAUGGAAGGAGACUUGAGAGUGCCAUAUGUUGUGAGCGACAGGUCCUUAGCCUUGAUAAGGAAAAUCUUAGUGAGAGACAUCGAUGAGCGUCCGACGAUCACUGAUAUCAUUGAGGAUGAGUGGUUAGACAUUUGA